AUGACGAGUAUAAUCAAGAAUCAGAUUAUCAAGCACCUUUCAAAAUUUGCACGCAACAUUACGCCAGAUCAAAUAAGCGUACAAAUUUUGAGUGGUAAAGGAGAACUGAAAAAUAUCGAAUUAAAUGAAAUGGUCUUAAGUGAAGCACUUGAAUUGCCAGUUUGGUUACGAAUUAAGCGAGCUGUUUGCAAUAGAAUUGCAGUAAAAGUCCCAUGGACGAGAUUAAAGUCACAGCCAGUUCAAUUAUUUAUUGAUGAAAUACAAGUUGAAGUUGAAUUAAGCUCCAAAGAAGUUAUUUAUUGUGGUUCGAAUUUGUUGAGCUCUCUUGGUGAUUUGUCGUAUGGAUUUGCAAAUCGGGUUGCAGAAGGAAUGUCACUUUAUGUUAAUUCUGUCGAGAUUCAUUUUGAUUCUGGAAUUUUUCGAGGUUCCUUAACGUUGUCUAGGCUAGCGGUGGAAAGCAAAAGUCCGAAUUGGCAGUCAACUAAUGAUUUGCGAUUAACUAGGAUCGUAGAUGCAGCGAACAAUAGAUUAUUAAUGUUUAAAAUGGUUACGUGGCAGCUGUUACGUAUAGAAGCUUCUGCACAAGAUGAUUUAUCAGGAAGUAUUAUAAACGCUCCUCUAAGGCUAAUAACCAGUAGUGGGAAAAGUCGGAUUAGUGUAAAAAAGUCUACGUGUGAUGGUAGUGUUAUUGGUGGUCGGAUACAAGUAAUACUGGAUAAUAUUUUGUGGAUUGCUACUCUGCCACAGGUCCGGUCUGCAAUUGCAUUCUAUGAUCAUAUUAUAAAUAUUAUCAGAAUGGCUCCCAAAAAAGCGUCAGUUGUGCAAACACAGCGUCUGGAUCUAAAAAUUUCAUCAGGAAGCAAAUUAUCAUCUUCAAAUCCUAAUUCAAACAUAUUUCGCAGUUUUGACUUUGAACAAACGUCUUAUCAUGUUUAUGUUGGGAAAAUUGAUCUUCAUCUGUGUGAUGAUAACCAGUCUUCAGAUGGUUAUCCUAAAGACUGGGACAUUAUUUCUGGAGCAUUGCAAGUAACAAUGUUUCGUUUGUCUGUUGAUUUUUAUCCAGCAAAUGGCGCAGUGUUGGAUCGCAGUGAUUGGUUACGAUAUGAUAAUGCGAAUCAGUGUGCUCUCUGGUUUCACAAAGUAUUGCAGUCUCAUUUGCGAAAACUUUGUAAUGAAUUAGAUGCUCAGACGCAAACUCAGGUUGUUAGCAAAUGGCCAAGUUUGUUAUCACAGAACUGUGUGAUUCGUAUAUAUGAUGUCAUUGUCCAGUGUGUGACAGACUUAAGUACCAAGAAAGAAUCUUUGUUCAAUUUGUUCAUGUUGGAUCGCAAGUCAAAAAGCUCUAUGCCAAAUGAUCACCCACUCUUUCAUCUUGAAUUAGCAUCUUUUUAUCACCCGCUAUCUGAAAAUUUCCCAGUGCCAUCAAGCGUUACACAUCUCUUACUUGGUCCAUUCUUUUUUUUAUUUGAUCAAAGGACAAUUCGAUGGCUUUUAUUUGUAUUUAACGACAUAAGAUGUGCAUUAAAAGUUUCCGGUGCAGUGCCUGAAAUAGUUAAGAUACCAAAAACCAGUCUUCGCAUCGACUUGAUCAUGUCAAAGAUUAUAGUACCCUUAAUCCAGCCGUCAGUACCAGAUACGCGUUUUGCUCGAAGGAUCGUGAUAAAUAUGAAUUCUUUAGUAGCUACUAACUCUGAAGCAGUUUUCAGUAGCGAAUCAAACUCGUUCUUCAAAUCUAUUUCACCCAAUGUUAUUGAUUAUAUUGACAGUACUGACUUGCUAGUUAAAAAAGAAAAGCUGAAGGAAUUUAUCUUCAAGCUCAAUCAGAAUUCAUGUGGGGGUGAUAAUCAGGGAGAGCGGAUUUGGAUUAGUACUUCACCAAUUUGGGUCGAGACAGACUUUGGGGAAAAAACACCGAGUUCACCUUUUGUUGCUGAUGUUGAUUUUCACAUAUGUCUGAACUUAUCUGCAACGAAAAUAAGCGUUGCAUUGCAACCGAUGUGUAACUUUCGAAUUGCAAUUGACCAUUUCCAAUUUCUUCAAUUUAUGCGUUUAAUUUCUUGCGUAUCAACUUUUGUGGAUCAAACUAUCAGCGAUCAAAAAUGGUUUUCACCUAAUGAAAAUAAUGGCGACAACAUGACGAUUGACAUUGUUUGCUUUUUUGAGGAGAUUGAGAUAAAUAUAAUCCUGCCUAAUCAGCAAAUGCCAAAUCCGUACGUUCUCGCAGAAACAGUGUUGCAGUCACCAACUAUUUCAACAGAUGGCUAG